AUGAUCCCGCAGUAUCCUGACGAAUCUCAACCUGAACAUCCUCCUGGACAUCAAGCCAACAAAAAGCCCAGCCCGCUUCGACCACCCGCACCGUCAAGGCUUCCUUCAGACUACUCGACCCAGCCACCAUCAUACCACACAGGUGCCCCUACUCCCAGUGAGGAGGAAGACGGAUGGACGUUAGAUCCUGGACCGAGCAACUGGAUGAAUACUCGCGAAACUAUACAGUCACCUGGUGCCAAACCACAUUCUCAGCAAAAGCAAGCGCUGCCAUAUACGCUACUUUUCUCGUCCACGAAGCACACCAGUUCCCUCACUCCGCUAGCGUCGUCCCAAGCUCUGUACACGGCCUCCUACAAUCGUCCUCUCUUUGUAUCUUCCAGGCCCGACAUUACCAUCACUUUCGCUCCGAAAGACUACGAACUGGCAACUGUGGUCUUCCAUACAUUCUCCUAUAAAAUCGACCUUAUCUUUGGCCUCGACAGGAUUGUGACAUACAAACGCAAAUUCGAGUCCUGUACGCUAGGUCGACUGGAGUGGGCGCUGGAGCAUGCCAGGCGGAAAAAGGCGAGCUUUCGGUGCUUGGACCAAGCAGGGAAACCUGUGUGUACAAUUGAGGUGACGGACAAGUUCAAAAAUGGCCGCCUCCAGAUCUGGAAAGAAGGUCUCAGUUGGGAGCAAUUCGAUGAGCUGAUUGUCAGUGGGAUCGCAGAGGUCGAGCUUUUGAAACGGAAACUCGACACAGCGACCGGUGCGAUGAACGCGCUGCCAGGAGCGGUUGCAGGAGCCUCGGGCGCUGCAGCGGGUUGUUGA